AUGACAAACAGAGUAAAAGACACAAAGAGGCAGAAGGAGAGAGAUAGAGAGAGACAAAUAGAGAGACAUACACAACGAGAAAAGGACAAAGACAGACACUCACAGACAAUCACAAACAGGGUAACAGACACAAAGAGGCAAAAAGAGAGAGACAGACACAAAUACACAGCGAGAGAAGGACAAAGACAGACACACACAGAUAAUGACAAACAGAAUAACGAACACAAAAAGGCAGAGAGGCAGCACAGAGACAAUAUGAUAGGGACACUCAGACUGUCAGACACACAAACACCAACAGUGAGACAGACAGACCGACCGACAGCGGCACAAAGAGACAGACAUACAGCUUCCACUGGUUGGUAA